AUGACACAGCGAGGGAUGCUCAGGCGCAGUUAUCUCCUCUUACCACAGUCAGUACGAAUCAGCUGCACAAGGUGCAUGGGCGAAAAUGUAGAAAAAACGGCACAUGGUGCCUCUGAAACAGUGGUGCUGAAUCACCUUGUAGACAUGAGAUCACGCGAGUGCGGAGAAAUACGGGACCGCUCCGUAUACUCCCACCUUUUUAACAUGCAGCGUGUACGCCGCCGUGAAGGAAGCAGAAGCCGCCGGGAAUUGCGAAGAUGUCUGCAAAAGACACGCCAUGUUCGCUCGUCACUAGCGUAGACACAUUCCGCAGUCACCAAUGAAGAAGAUGACCAGUGCGGGUUCGUCUGUGUAGUUUGUAAAAACGAGACUUGCCCUCACAUCCUGUAUUUCUGCUUAGUUCAACGUGCCACGCCGAGGGAAAAAAGGUCUACCGAGUGUAUGACGCAGACAGACGGGAAAAGGACGAACUGGAUCAGGGCGGAAGCGUUGGACACUCCUUUUUCUGACUGAGGAAUUGAAGCGAUUGUCAACCCUGUGGCAAUCAUUCAGUCAGUAUGUGCUCAUCGACACAAAACGGCAUGUGCAACUGUGGUGUGAGCCUCAUCCGGUGUCGCUCUCUUCCAUGUACAGAUGAUUUGGUUAAAAGCCGAAUGCUCGGAAAAUUAGCCUUGGUGACGCGUCUGCAAGGCCUGCGUGCCACGUUUGAAGGGGGUUGUGCGCCCGGCCUGUAAUGACUGCACGGCGGGCAUCGUGGCUGUGGUUGGUUAACGGCUGCCUCAGAUGAGAAACGACGAAGUUGCGUUGGU